CAUUUCCAAUUUUUCGUAUAUCAGCUGUGUGUGACAGCGUUUUGAGUGAAUUUUAUUUUACAGUGAAGUGGUUUAAUUGAUUAAAAUACUUACUAAGAUCUGUGCAGUUUGAAAUAAAUUAGUGCUAAUCAUUGUAGUGCUCCCAAGCACACACCGUUGAUCUUAGGUGUAUUAAGUGCUCAAUAAUUGAAAUAUGUCUCGAAACUCCAGGGGUGGACCUGGUCCGCUACCAAAUCGUUGGCUGCAUUGUCCCCGAAAGAGUGAAAAAAUCAUUGCCGAACGUUUUUUGGCAUUUAAAACACCAUUGAGCAACGCAUUCGACGACCAGAUGCCAAUAGAAUGCCUUUUUCGUCCAGAAAUGAUUUUUAGCUAUUGCAAAACAAUAAAGAUAAAAUUGGGACUUUGGAUCGAUUUAACCAACACAAAGCGUUUUUACGAUCGCCAAGUGGUUGAAAAAAACGAUGCUCAGUACGUAAAGUUGCAGUGUCGAGGUCACGGGGAGACUCCUUCACCAGAACAAACACAGUCAUUUAUUGAGAUUGUUGACAAUUUCAUAAACGAGCGUCCUUUUGAUAUUGUAGCCGUACAUUGUACGCAUGGCUUCAAUCGAACCGGAUUUUUGAUCGCUUCUUAUUUAGUAGAACGUCUUGAUUACUCAAUCGAAACAGCAUUGGCCAUAUUUGCGGAAGCGCGUCCUCCAGGUAUAUACAAGCAGGACUAUAUCAAUGAACUAUUCCGUCGUUACGAGGAUGAGGAAGAUGCUUUGAUGGCUCCUGCAUUGCCAAAUUGGUGCUUGGAGUAUGAUGACGGUGAUGGAAGCGACGUGAAUAGCGAUGUGUCGCAAAAACGAAAGGCUCCGGAAAUGUCCUCUACUUCGCAACAUUCCGCUUUAAACCAUGUCAAUGGUGGUGAGGGUGCCGGCGAAGACCAGGAGGGAGAUUGCGAUGAAGACGACCAGGCAGAAGGAACCACACAAAAUAACGAAAGUGGUGAUUUUAAUGGAGCGGGUGUUUCUAACGGCGGUAACCGUAAAAAGAAACGCCGCAAGGAGAUUUUAAUUAAAAAUGCAACAUUUAUGAGCGGUGUGCCUGGGAUAGUGCAAGUUACCGAUCAACCAAGACUGGGCGAAUUGCAGUUGAAGGUUCAAGAAAUUUGCAGCUGGGAGAAAAAUGGAUUCCCCGGUUGUCAACCAGUUUCUAUGGAUAAAAAUAAUCUAAAACGAUUGCACGAGAUACCGUAUAUGGUAUCUUGGAAAGCUGAUGGAACGCGGUAUAUGAUGCUUAUCAAUAAACGUGAUGAGAUUUACUUUUUUGAUCGCAAUAACUCGUGCUUUCAAGUCGAAAACUUGACCUUUGUAAAAGCUGGUAACCUCGAUCAGCACUUGGAGAACACGCUUCUAGAUGGGGAAAUGGUAAUCGACAAACUCAACGGUCAAUCCAUACCGCGAUACCUGAUUUACGACAUAGUAACGUUAUCCAAUAAUGACAUUGGCACUAAGCCAUUCUUUCCGGAUCGCCUCCGUUGCAUACGAAAAGAAAUUAUUGAUCCCCGCUAUGAGGCUAUAAUGAAAGGUUUGAUUAAUAGGCCCUUGGAACCUUUCAGCAUACGUCAUAAAGACUUUUGGGACAUACGGCAAUCUGCCUCUCUACUUGGUGAAAAGUUUGCCAAGUCGUUAUUGCAUGAGCCAGAUGGACUUAUUUUUCAGCCCUCAAAACAACCUUACACGGCAGGUGUAUGUGCGGAUGUACUUAAGUGGAAACCGUUUCAUAUGAACUCUGUAGAUUUUCGACUUAAAAUUACUGUGGAAAGCGGCAUGGGAAUGUUAACCGAAAAGGUGGGCCUAUUAUACGUUGGAGGGUUUGAUCAGCCAUUCGGUAAAAUUAAAUAUACGAAGGCACUAAAGGAUUUGGAUAAUAAGAUAAUUGAAUGCUCUGUGAAUCCGCAGGGCCUAUGGAUAUUUAUGCGUGAGCGCACGGACAAACUAUUGCCAAAUAGUUUUAAUACAGCCCAAUCGGUUUGCGAAAGUAUACGUCAUCCGAUAACAAAGUCUAUUUUACUUGACUUUAUUGCCAACUAUGGCUUUCGCGAUGAUAACGAUAUGAUGCCGCCACCCCAACGUCACCCACAUCAUCCGCAGACAAGUCAGCAUCACCCACAGCAGCAGCACCCACAGCAGCAACAUCCACAACAGCAACACCGCCAGCCACAUGUGCAACUACAGCAAGAACAUGACCAUCAUUAUCAAAAAGAGGAACAUCAUAAUCCCGAAUAAAUUAGUCAAUGCGGUUGAAGAGGGAACAAAUAUUAUUUUUAAGCAUGCGUAAUGCACACCAUUCGCAAAUAACUUCCGCAUAAAAUCGCAUAUUUUUUAUAAUGCAUUUGCGGUCAUACGCACGCUUUUAAAAGGCAGAAACCAUUUUUGGAAAUAUUAAUUUAAUUAAAUGCGUUAUACGUAAAAGAAAGUAUGCGUAGAUCGACGUACAUAUGUACUAUUAAAACAAUUGUUGAAAAUAAUUAAACCAACUUUUUAGACAAGUUAA